UGGUAUACUGCCGGCCGGCUUCUAUAAAAGAUACCAUUAAGCAAAGGCAUCUUCCACUCACCAUAUAUCCAUCUAUUGCUACCUUUUUACACCCUAUACACCACCAGCCACCGAGACCUUGAGCUAUCAGCUAGCCAUGGCGGAGAUAGUGGUCGGGGCAAUGGGCUCCCUCCUUCCCAAGCUGGCCAACCUGAUCAAGGAGGAGUAUAACCUACAGAAGAAGGUGAGGGGAGAGAUCAUGUUCCUCGAGACCGAGCUUAAGAGCAUGGAGGCAGCUCUCAUCAAGGUCUCAGAGGCACCGAUCGACCACCCACCUGAUAUCCAAGUUAAGCUGUGGACAAGGGAGGUCAGAGAGCUGUCCUACGACCUUGAGGACAGCAUUGACAAGUUCAUGGUGCGGAUCGACGGUGGUAAGAAGCCAAGCAAGCACCAUAGUUUCAAGGGAUUCAUCGAUAGAAGCCUCAACCUGCUGACAAAGGGCAAGAUUCGGCACAACAUCGGCAUAGACAUCAAGGACAUCAGGAGCCGCAUAAAGGAUGUGAGUGAGCGGCGUGAUAGGUACAAGGUUGAUCAGGUUCCUUCAAAGCCUGUCGGCAGAACUAUUGACAACCUGCGUCUAUCAGCUCUAUACAGGAAGGCGACAGAGCUUGUUGGCACUGAAGAGAAGAGCAAUGACCUCAUAAAAAGAUUAGUGGACGAUGGUGGCGUGGCAUCCAAGCAACAAGUGGUAGUUUCUAUUGUUGGUUUUGGAGGAUUAGGCAAGACUACUCUUGCUAAUCUGGUGUACGAGAAACUUAAAGGGAAAUUUGAUUGUGGCGCCUUUGUUUUUGUGUCUCAUAAUCCUAACAUGGACAUGAUUUUCAAAAAUAUGCUCCACCAACUUGAUGGGGAGAAUUACAAAUACAUCAAUAAUCAGGCAACAUGGAGUGAAGAACAACUAAUCAGUGAGCUGAGGAAGUUCCUUGAACACAAGAGGUACUUCAUUGUUAUUGAUGACAUAUGGAAUAAUUCUGCGUGGGAAACAAUCCAAUAUGCUUUGAUACAGAAUGAAUGUGGAAGUAGAAUAAUCACUACAACUCGCAAUCUUGAUGUUGCAAAACAAUCUGGUGCUGUUUAUCAACUGGAACCUCUUUCUUUCACUGACUCAACAAAAUUAUUCAACCAAAGAAUAUUUGGCAGUGAAGACAAAUGCCCUCCGGAUAAUUUGGCUGAAGCGUCUAGAAAAAUUUUAAGGAAAUGUGGUGGUGUACCUCUAGCUAUCAUUACAAUAGCUAGUAUGUUGUCCAACAGGAAUGCAAAGGAAAAUACACAGAACUAUUGGUCCCGUGUGUACCAAUAUAUGGGUUCCGGUCUAGAUGGCAGUACUAAUGUGAAGGACAUGAGAAGGAUACUAUCAGUUAGUUACUAUGACCUGCCUUCACGUCUGAAGUCUUGCUUGCUAUAUCUAAAUUUGUUUCCAGAGGACUAUGAGAUUGAGAUAGAAGAUCUGAUAUGGAAAUGGAUCGGUGAAGGUUUUGUCCAGGAAGAGCAAGGGAGGACACUGUAUGAAGUAGGUGAGGUUUAUAUCGAAGAGUUAGUUAACAGAAGUAUGAUACAACCUGUAAAACUUGACGGCAACAGUAAGACAAUUACUUGCCGUGUACAUGAUAUGGUCCUUGAUCUUACCAACUUCUUGUCGAAUGAAGAGCACUUUCUAACAAAAUUAGGUGGACAAAAGGAGAUAUCUCCGCCUAAUAAGAUCCGCCGACUAUCUCUCAAUAAAAUCAAUCAGGAAGAGGAAGUCAAGCAGCUCGGGACCAUGGACUUCUCCCACGUGAGGUCACUUACUGUGUCCAGCAAAGAUUUUCAUUUGAUACCAAACCUUUCGACUUUUCCAGUCUUACGUGUACUGGAUUUAAGGAAAUGUCUGGAAGUGAAGGACCAUCACUUUAAAGACAUUUGCAAUAUGUUUCACCUGAGGUAUUUAAGUAUCAAUGCAAACUCUAUCACUUACUUCCCGAAGGAGAUUCAGAACCUACAAUUUUUGCAAGUACUACAUAUAACACGUAUGCAUGUAAUAAAGAUGCCUUCAACCAUUAUUCACUUGCAACAGCUGCAGCGGCUUUGGGUUUCGCCCUUCAUAAGACUGCCAGAUGGAUUUGGAAAGCUGAAGUCUUUACAAGAAGUUAAAGGGACUGUCAUUAUCGAGUCUCCAAGCAUGCUUCAUGAUCUGGGCAGUUUGACCGAGCUGAGGACCUUGGCUGUUGACUUUCGUGAUUGGGAUGACAGCUAUGAGAAACCUUUCAUCCAAUGUUUAUCCAACCUGGUCAACCUCAAAUCCAUGAGAAUACAAGGUCAGAUAAGCAGCCUAUAUUCCGAAUGUGACAGUUUAGAUCCAGGCCCUCAAGAACUUUGCUCCAUUUAUAUGGACGCUGUCCACGGUCUCAAUGCAGUGCCAAGAUGGAUGUCAUCACUCUGCUUCCUCUCUUCCUUAAACAUAGAAUUAUUAAGUCUGGGAGAGCAGAAUCUUCAAGUCCUUGGGAGCAUACCAUCUCUCAGUGACCUCAGAAUAAUUGUGAAGGAACCGACACAAGACAGGGAUGAAAGGUUGGUCAUUGGCAAGUGUUAUCCAUUCCAGUGUCUGACACGGUUAGUAAUCUCUUAUGGAUCCAUGGAGGUGGUGUUUGCACCAGGAGCUAUGCAACAUCUCAAAGAGCUUUAUCUAGAAUUUUGUGUUCAAGGCGCAGUGCAUAAGUUUGGUGAUGCCAACUUUGGUCUGGAGAACCUCUCAUCGCUCGAGCAUGUCACUGUUAAAAUAAAGUUAGACAGUUCCACGCCCAAGGAGGUGGAGGCUGUGGUAGAUGAAAUUCAGAAAGCCGUGGACAUGAACCCUGGCAAGCCUACAUCAAUAAUAAAGCGUGAAACAAAACAGGAGAGGAUUAGGUGUGGGAUGUAUGUACAUGGAGCAGUACUCGCAUUCUUGGAUGGAUCUGCAGGCCCAAAUACAUAUAAAAGAUCAUAAAUAGCGCAGCCUGUGCUACGACGAAACCGACUUCUGGCUGCACCUCUGCUACUGAGGGAUUAAACGUCCUUCCCUUCUCUAUCGCCUUGCCAAUCUACUGCCCGUUCCCUUCUUGUGUGGCACCUAUUCGAUCUGAAGCCUGCUGCUAGAUGUCAUGGUCUUACCAUGGAAAAUGUUCUUCCAGAUAAUUUCAGUAUGUCUGCAUGCAAAAAAUUCAACUUUUAACGAGUCACUUGGUCAUGCACUCAUAUCCGAUGAACAUUUUUUGUUGUGGUGGAAUGUUUGCGCACAUAGGUUUGAAUUUUCAACUCAGUUUGGGUGCUUGCAUUUGCAGCUAUUCCUUUAGUCGCCAUAUGUAACCGUGGUGACUUUAUCAAUCUUAAGAUCUAUCGUUCCAGCAUCUUGGAGGGCUCAUAGGAGGAUGCUGCGUGUGUUUGUGUUAACGACAGUCUCUUGGAGGGUUCAUAGGAGAGGAUGCUGCGUUCCCUAGCUUAGAACAUACUCAGAUAAUUUGUCGUAUCUUGGUGCUCUGUUCUUGGAUUCUUCUCUGCUCUGCAUCUUAGCUCAAAUCCCGCCUGGCCCUUCGGGACGGUGGUUCGAGACCACGCUCCGAUCACAUCAUGUUCAGAACCCACACGCUUCAAUCCGACCACCCUCCAGACCUACUCCUCUUUAGUCUGUAUUUAUUUAUCCAACCUGCUCAACCUCAAAUCCAUGAAAAUAGAAGGUCAGAUACUUAGUUGCUCUCCUUCCGUUAUUUGCCUCCUUCCCCUCCUCUCCCCCUUAAAUAAAACUAUCAAUCCAUCAAUUAAAAGGUGUUGGCUUUGCA